AUGGGCUCGCGCCCUGAGCUUAAGGCAUGCAUACUCCCCACUUGGGCUCCCUUUCCCGUUUCUCGCCUCUAAUUAAUCAUUGUUCGCCACAGGUUGAGGAUGAGAAUGCCUUCAUUUCCUUCUUCAAUGGCCUUCCCGAGACGGAUGCCAUUCGGCUCUUCGACAGAAACGACUACUACACUGUUCACGGGCAGGAUGCCAUCUAUGUCGCCCAGACGGUACAUCCCUAAUCCGAACCGCUCCCCAUGCCCCCCAGGUGUUGACUGCUCUCCCAUAGAUCUAUAAAACCACGUCUGUUAUCCGACAGUUAGGUAGCUCGAGAAACCCCCUUGAGUCGUGUACACUGUCCGUUACCGCCUACCGCAAUUUCCUUCGCGAAUGCCUCUUCCAGAACAGAAAACGGGUGGAGAUCUGGGGAGCAAAGUUGAGGAAUAAGUGGGGCAUUACGAAGCAGGCUUCUCCAGGAAAUCUUCAAGAUGUCGAGGAUGAUCUUGCCGGCCAGAUAGACUCAUCCCCCAUGAUCCUUGCUGUGAGGAUAUCGGUCAAGGGGGAGGAGCGGAAUGUUGGUGUUUGCUUUGCCGAUGCUAGUGUUCGGGAGCUAGGCGUGAGCGAGUUUGCCGAUAACGACCUAUACUCUAACUUCGAAGUAAGUGGUCUCUGGAAGUUGUCAGCCGGGGGCUCCGCUGUUGCUAACCUCCAGCCUAGUCUCUCAUCAUCCAACUUGGGGUCAAGGAAUGCGUUGUUCAAUCGGAUGAGAAGAACAAGGAUUAUGAGCUUGGAAAACUUCGGGGGAUUAUCGAGCGUUGUGGGAUAGUUAUGACCUUUCGGAAGGCUUCCGAGUUUUCAAUCAAGGACAUCGAACAAGACCUCUCCCGACUCCUUACAAGCGAGGUUGCUGCCGGCAUCCUGCCGCAAGUGGAGAACAAGUUUGCCAUGGCAGCCGCUUCCGCCUUGAUACGAUAUUUACAGCUUAUGAACGACAAUCUUAACUUUGGUCAAUACCGUCUCUACCAGCACGAUCUUGCCCAGUAUAUGAAGUUGGAUGCGUCAGCAGUUAAAGCGCUUAACUUGAUGCCUGGGCCUCGAGAUGGGUCAAAGAACAUGUCGUUAUACGGCCUCCUUAAUAAAUGCAAGACUGCCAUAGGGACUCGGCUACUGGGCCAAUGGCUCAAGCAACCUUUAAUGAGCCUUGAAGAGAUCGAAAAACGCCAAGUUUUGGUGGAAGCGUUCGUUGAAGACACCGAACUCCGGCAGACCAUGCAAGAGGAGCACUUGAAGAGUAUACCAGAUCUUUACCGGCUCUCUAAGCGAUUCCAAAAGGGCUUCGCAAACCUAGAGGAUGUUGUCAGAGCAUACCAGGUCGCCAUCAGAAUUCCGGGAUUCAUUUCAACCUUUGAGGGUGUGAUGGAUGAGACAUAUAGGGAUCCGCUCGAUCUGCAAUACACAACCAAACUACAAGUAAAAACUUUUCCCCAACAGGCUAGGUGUCUCUGCUGACAUGCCCUUCAGGAAAUAUGCGGCAACUUGGAAAAGCUACAGGAGCUGGUCGAAACCACUGUGGAUCUCGAUGCUCUUGACAACCACGAGUUCAUUAUCAAGCCAGAAUUUAGUGAUGACCUCAAAUUGGUUCGGGACAAGCUGGAUAAACUGAAGAGGGCAAUGGACACCGAGCACCGCAGGGUCGGAAGCGACCUGGGCCAGGAAGUUGACAAGAAGCUUUUCAUGGAGAACCACAAGACAUAUGGAUGGUGUUUCCGUUUGACUCGCGCCGAGGCAGGCUCAAUAAGGAAUCAGAAGGAAUAUAGGGAGAUAUCAACCAUGAAGAAUGGUGUUUUCUUUACCACCACUGCCAUGCAGGAUCUGAAGCGGGAUUUCGAUAAGUCGACGCACAUAUAUAACAAGACACAGAGCGGGCUAGUGGAUGAAGUUGUCACUGUAGCAUGUGAGUUUCGGUGGGGUCAGCGAAUCCUCUCUCCCCCGAGUGCUAAUGCUCUAUAGCUUCCUAUUGCCCGGUUCUGGAAGAAUUGGCCGCUGUGCUUGCCCAUCUGGACGUUAUCGUUAGUUUCGCUCAUGUUUCGGUUCAUGCUCCAUCACCAUAUGUCAAGCCGAAGAUGCAUGCAAGAGGAGAGGGAAGCACCAUUCUUAAAGAGGCCCGGCAUCCAUGCAUGGAAAUGCAGGAUGAUAUUCAAUUCAUUACGAACGAUGUCAGCUUAUGCAGAGGUAGCUCCGAGUUUUUGAUAAUCACUGGUCCCAACAUGGGCGGUAAAUCCACCUACAUUCGGCAGAUCGGCGUCAUCGCUCUAAUGGCUCAGGUUGGAUGCUUCGUCCCAUGCUCCGAGGCGGAGUUGACGAUUUUUGAUUGCAUACUUGCUCGUGUUGGAGCCAGCGACUCGCAAAUGAAGGGCGUGUCCACAUUCAUGGCUGAGAUGUUGGAGACCUCGACCAUCCUCAAGUCGGCCACCUCCGAGUCCUUGAUUAUCAUCGAUGAGCUUGGGCGGGGCACUAGCACCUAUGAUGGGUUCGGGCUUGCGUGGGCUAUUUCAGAACACAUCGUCAAGGAAAUUAGAUGUUUUGCCAUGUUUGCAACCCAUUUCCACGAGCUGACGGCACUGGUCGACGAAUACCCCUCUGUAAAGAACCUGCAUGUCGUUGCGCAUGUCGGAGACAAGGAUGCGAGGGAGGUGACUCUGCUUUAUAAAGUUGACGAAGGUUUGUGAAGAUACUCCGCGUGGUCAGUCAACGGAGAUCCUAACGGUGUGUGUGACUAUAGGCGUCUGCGACCAGAGUUUCGGCAUUCAUGUCGCGGAACUUGUUCGCUUCCCACAAAAGGUGAUCAACAUGGCUAAGCGUAAAGCAGAUGAACUCGAAGACUUUACCGGCAAGCAUGAACGUAAGGCGACCAACUGUACCAAAGAGCAGAUUGCAGAGGGGUCGACGCUCCUCAAGGAAGUGUUAGUUGAGUGGAAAAAUAGGGUGGAGAAUUCGGGGAUGACCCCCGCUGAGAUGAGGGGCGAGCUCAUAAAAUUAAUCCAAGCGCCGGAGUACAAGGAAGCAUUGGAGAAUGAUCCAUUUUUCCAAUCGGUUAAGACUUUGUAA